AUGGCGAGGGAGCGACCAGGUUCCAUGUAUGCGCUCCUGCACUGCACGGUCACUCUCGACAAGCAAGAGUUUGUGAUAUUCUGCGCGGUAGGCGUUUUCUCGGGUCACGUCACCGAGGAAAACCACGCUCCUCAGCCAUACAAGUUUGGUUACGAGUCUCAGGACGAGUGGGGCAACGCGCAGUCCCGGCACGAAGAGGACCUCGGAGAUGGGACGAAACGGGGCUCGUUCGGGUACCGCGACGCGCACGGAAUGUAUCGAUUAGUCAAUUACAUCGCCGACCACGACGGUUUCCGCGCGUGGGUCAAGACGAACGAGCCCGGAACGAGCGACUCGGCUCCCGCCGCCGCCCGAAUCGAGAAAACCGGAGAAGCUGAGGUCAGGGUCGCGCCGAUCCUCUCGGCUAACAAACAGCUGCAGGUGGCGCCGGUCGCGGCCUCGCCGGUAGCUUCUAUCGUCCCAGCACCUGCGCCAUUGCUACUCAAGCGACCUAGACUGAGCGCGGAUGUCGUAUACGGAACCGCAUCUGAACGGAUCGUAGUUUCUCCGAGAAUAUCCGCGCCUAUCGUCACGGUUCCAAGGGCGAGAAGCCUCGCGCAUCCGGUGGAUGCCUACCCUGAGUUUGGAUUGAAGCUAGCUCAUUCGGCUCCACUUGCGUAUGCUGCCUCGCGGGUUGCACAGCCCAUCAUCAAACCCGUGCCCGUGCGGAAAGUCAUCGGACCGUCAGCCGCUGCCUUUGUAUCCAGUCCCGCGAUCGUUCCCUCCGGGAUAAUUGGUUCCCCGAGACUCCGGGCAUAUCACGCUCCCCCGAUCGUCACGGGUGGACUCCACGCCGCAUCCUCAGAAGCAAUCGUUGUAUCCCCUGCCAUCGAGCUACCUGUCCACAGACCUUACGAGAAGUUCGCCGAAACCUUCCGCCGGCGGAGACCCAUCAAGACGAUCGGUGAAAAGGAGAUAUUCGUACCUCCCUCAACUUUCACCGUUGGAGGAAUCCCAGUGUAUAAAGAUAAAUAG